AAGGUCAGAAUACGAUGGCGACGGCGGACUCCAGCUGACGGUGGUUACCAUUGGUGGUGGGUUAUUUGGAAAUUGUAAAUGGAAGCCAAAUUCUAUCGCUUUCUCAAGGUUGUGGGAGUGGGGUUCAAAGCAAGGGCGGAAUCAGAGGGCCGCCUCUUGUAUCUAAAAUUAGGUUACAGCCAUGAGGUUGAAUUGACUGUUCCACCAGCUGUCCGUGUAUUCUGCUUUAAACCAAAUGUAAUUUGCUGCACUGGAAUAGACAAGCAAAGAGUACACCAAUUUGCUGCUGCUGUACGCAGUUGUAAGCCACCUGAAGUUUACAAGGGCAAGGGCAUAAUGUAUAUUGAUGAAGUUAUAAAGAAGAAGCAAGGAAAAGGAAAGAAUAAAUGAUUGCAGGCAGAAGAUGGUGUGUUCAUUGCUAGGAGUGGAAAUAACUUUGCAGAAAGAGGGUGUGAUUUCUGUAGCUUGAACUGGUUCCUGCAGUCAACCUUGACAAUCUUGAAUUAUUGGACAAAUUCUAUAAGAAAAUUUGAGUAGCUAAAGUUGUUUUGGAUGACUA